AUGCUUGCUGCAAUUCUAGUUGUCUAUUUUACAAUACCGAAUAAAACAACUGCUGAUCUGAAUAACGAUGGAUAUUUAGAUAUCGCUGUAUCUAAUUAUGGCGAUGUUGGUGUUUUUCUAGGUUUAAGAAAUGGAAUAUUCAUGGAUCAAGUGACGUUUUCAACUGGUGUAAACGCUAAACCAUCGUCUGCGAUCGGUGGAGAUUUCAACAAAGAUAAUAAACAAGAUAUUGUCAUAGCUAAUUAUGGUAUUGACAACGUAGAAGUACUCAUUCAGUUUUAUAUGGGAUACUUUGGAAAACCAACGUUGUAUUCCACUGAUCCAGACUCUGACUGUUGCUACUGA